AGUCACGUACACAACGAGACUGCAAUUUUCUUCGCUGAGAAAAUCCUUUUUCCUCCGAGAAAAUUAAAAAAGGGUAAAAAAUUUCGAAGGAUCAUAAACGCUGCAUGAUCAAGCGCAAUAAUCCCAGAGAGAGGCUCCUUCAACGUUCCAUUUCACGUUAUAGAGCGGGGCUCAGUAAUCAUUCACCCCCCCAACCAGAAAUUUUCUCUCUCCAUUUCCUUACUUAUUUUCCGAGCUGCCAAACAGAAAGAACCCACAGAAAUGGUUGCGCCAUCGACAUCAUCGUCGUCGUUAUCAUGGGGCAACAAGACAGAGCUUUCAGUUUCAGAGGAAGCAAUGUCUGUACCCAGUUGAAACAGCAUCGGAGAGGACUUUCGUUUUCAUUUGCGAAGAAGGAGAAGCAAGGAGGAUCCGAUUACCCGAACCCUAUUACCGCAUUGGGUUUCCGGGUGAGGAAUCUUUACGACCGAACCAAGUUUAGCAACUGGUCUCGCAUGAGCGGUGAUGUUGACGAAUCCUGCUCUGUAGUGAUGAACACCAAUUCAGCCUUCGGUGAUUCGCCGGAGAAAGUGGCUGAAUUUGAGGGGAAAGGGGAAGAAGCCGAGGAGAAAAACAUGGGACAAGUCGAAGAGAAAGGCCGAGAAAGCAGUUGCAGCUCAGAUUUUCUGGUGUCGGAAACUACCAGACAGGAGGAACAAAGCCCUAGCAGCACGGAGGAUUCAACGUCUUCUCCGGUUUCCUCCGUUUGGUCUGUGAAAAAUGGAGACGGAGAGAAGAAGAUUCAUUCGGAUAGCGGGAAAUUGGAGAAACAACAGUCAGUUUCAGAGAUUGAGAUGAUGAAGGAAAGAUUUUCAAAGUUGCUUCUUGGGGAGGAUAUGUCCGGUUGUGGAAAUGGAGUCUGUUCAGCUUUAGCCAUCUCCAAUGCCAUCACAAAUCUUUGUGCUACAUUGUUCGGGCAACUGUGGAGGUUAGAACCUCUACCUCUGGAAAAGAAAGUCAUGUGGAGAAGAGAGAUGGAAUGGCUUCUGUGUGUAAGCGAUCACAUUGUAGAGAUGAUACCAACGUGGCAGACAUUUCCCGAUGGAAGUAAACUUGAGAUAAUGACGUGCAGACCAAGAUCUGAUCUUUAUGUCAACCUUCCCGCCCUUCGCAAGCUAGAUAAUAUGCUUCUCGAGAUAUUAGAUGGUUUUGAGAACACAGAGUUCUGGUAUGUUGACCAAGGAAUUUCGGAACCCGAGUCAACAGACAGGUCUUUCAAACGAGCCCUUCAGAGGCAGGAGGAGAAAUGGUGGCUACCGGUUCCAAGGGUUCCUCCAGGCGGCCUGCAAGAAAACUCGAGAAAGCAGUUGCAGCAUAAACGGGAUUGCACCAACCAGAUAUUGAAAGCCGCAAUGGCCAUCAACAGUAUCACUCUCACCGAUAUGGAGAUUCCUGACUCAUACCUCGACUCUCUCCCACGGAACGGAAGAGCCUGCCUGGGUGAUCUGAUAUACAGAUACAUUUCAUCGGAGCAGUUCUCUCCCGAAUGCCUUCUUGAUUGCCUCGACUUAUCUUCUGAACACCAAGCGAUAGAGAUAGCCAACAGGGUCGAGGAAUCAAUCUACGUAUGGCGCGGCAAAAGAACGAAUUCCAGACUAGCAAACACAAAUUCCUGGUCAAGCUCGAGGUCUUCAUGGGAAAUGGUGAAAGACCUGAUGGUUGAUGCAGAAAAGCGAGAAUUACUGGCAGACCGAGCCGAAAGCCUCUUGCUUUCUCUGAAACAACGGUUCCCUGGUCUCCCCCAGACAGCAUUAGACAUGAGCAAAAUCCAGUACAACAAGGAUAUCGGGAAAUCGAUUCUGGAGAGUUAUUCAAGAGUUCUAGAGAGCUUGGCAUUCAACUUAGUGGCCCGUAUCGAUGACCUUCUCUUCGUGGAUGACCUGACCAGUCAUUCGGAUCAGCUCCCGACAAUGGGUGACACCGUUGCAUUGCCCAUCUCGGCCUACGCAACGCCGAGCUAUUCUCCAGCAAAGGUGGAUAGGUCCAUGAAGCCACACAGUAUCACCGUUAAUAAGGUCUUGACAGAUUAUCUCACGGCCGAUCCAAAAUCGAAGGGCACGGGCUUGAUAUCGAGCUGUUCAUCGUCGGGUCGAAACGAUAGAUACUCACUCGAAAAAUGCAUGAAGAAAUCAGUGAAAGUGUCGAGUCUCGAUCCAGGGAUCUGAGCUCAGUUCAGCAGUUUAGGUUUUGUAAUAAUUGGAAAUCUGUUAUAGUUAGAUGAGACUGUGUUCGGUAGUAUGUCUUUCUUUGUAUCCCUUUUUUCCUUGAGAGAAAAAGAAAAGGCGUGAUAUGUACAAUCUUUUUCUUAAUGUUAAUGUGAUCUUAUAUUUACAGUAA